AUGGGAAUCGAAAAUUCAACCAACAUAGAAGAAGUCAAGAAAUUCUCUAAGCUCAUGUGGCCCCAAGGAAAUGAUGACAAUUUCAGCGGGAUCAUCCAUGAAUAUGCAAAUCUGGUGGCGAAGUUGGAACAAGUGGUGACUCGAAUGGUUUUCGAAAGCUAUGGGGUAGAGAAGCUGAAGUCUGAUUCUCACAUAGAUUCAAUCACGUACUUGCUUCGGUUCAACAGCUACGAGGCGCCUGGAGUACACGAGAAAACCGUGAUUGCUCCCCCUCAUACUGAUAAGAUCCUCAUCACAAUUCUUGCUCCGAGUCAAGUUAAUGGAUUGGAGGUAAACUUGAAGGAUGAGCAAUGGAUCCCUGUUGAUUUCUUGCCUUCAUCAUUUAUUGUUAUGUCAGCAGAUGCAUUAAUGGCAUGGAGCAACAACAGAAUACGACCUUGUCUUCAUCGAGUUCAAAUGAACGCGAACGCAAGAAGAUCCUCAGUGUUGAUGCUCUCUUACCAUAAGGGGGUCCUGCACAUCCCUCAGGAGUUGAUUGAUGAGGAAAAUCCACAGCGCUAUAAGCCAUUUGAUCACCUGGGAUACCACAGUUUCUUAAAGAAAGAAGUGCAAACGGGCCAGCACGUUCAAUGUGAUGCCAUCAAGGGAUAUUGCGGUGUUUGA